AAACUACAUUACCCGUCGUGCAGUGUUACCCGUCAUGCUCCGCGCGCGUUGCCAUAGCGAUUCAAAAGUUUACCAAGAUGGCGCAGGGUUCGGUUGGAGUUUUCGCUGUGUGUGGAGGAGACCGGGAGCCGGAGAUGAAGCGGGAGGUGACGCACGGGUGCAGCCGGUGUGCUGCUCGCGGGAGGCAGGUGGAGGUGACGGGCAGCGCGGAGCUGUGUGUUCCCCCGGACCGGGCCGCGGUUUGCGUCUCUGUGUGCAACAGCAAGGAGUGCGCUAACGACGCGGCUAACAGCGUGCAGCGCAGACUGGACUACAUCCUCCACACCGGGAGACAACAUGGAGUCAGAGAGGAGGACGUCACUGUGAUGAAACACUUGCAGAGAGAAGCUGAGCAGUACCGCAUGCAGGCCGAGGUGAGCCUGGUGUUUUCAGACUUCAUGAAGAUGCAGUGUGUUCGCUCGGUGCUGAUUGAAAAGCUGGACAGAAGCGUGUGUGUCGGUGAGCCACGUUUCUCCCACAGUUCAGAAAGUCUCAGCUUGUUACGGAGACGCGUGUGUGCGGCAGCCGUGGAAAACGCUCAGCUCAAAGCACGAGAGGUGUGUAACCUGCUGGGACAGGCUUUAGGGCGGCCCUUAUUGGUGCGGGAGGAGGAGUCUCGGGAGUGGAGGUCAGGACAGCAAGACGCUGUGGUCAGCACUUUACAGGAGAAGGUGGGCCAGAUGUCCAUCACUGCGUCAUCACACGUGUUCGUGACGUUCGAGCUGCACCCUAAGAACAGUACGAGGAAGAGGUUAUGAAGAGCGGAAGAACAUUGACGGAAUACACGAUCGGCAACACGAUGACCGUCGGAGGACAAUCCACAUGAUCUCACUUCCGCACCAGACUUUGCCCUUCUUCCUGAAGAUGAGAAGCAAAUGUCGGCGUCUUUUAACACCGUCAAGGAGAUCCGGCGCAAAUCUCAGAAGGUGCUUGACAAGCUUCGAAAAGAAGACUUGCAAGGUACAUUCCGGAAGCGGCAGGAACGCCGGGAACGCCGGAUCGCUGUGCAAGGCGACUGUUUUGAAGAUGAUUGUGUGGAAACGUAGACAAAUAAAAUACUUUGUUGUAAACGGAGCUGGUCUCCAAACCUUUUGAUAUCACCUCGUACCUUUACAACUUUGAGACAUCAAUACUCAAUAAUGAACAUCAGUAAUCAAACAAAACUGAGUUGCAUUUCAGGAAAUGUGGCCAUAAUGCAAAAUAGACUCUAUGGACAAAAAGAAUUGGGACACCCGACUUUUCCAGACUAGUGCUUCCUGCUCAAACUGUUCCAGCAUGAGAUUCCCAGCUCCAGCUCCAUGAAGAUAUGCAUUCCAUGGAUUGGAGUGGAAGAUCUCCUACUAUAGACCUCUAACUCAAUUGAGCACAUUUUGAGAUGAAUGCUGACCGCACCCCAGGUCACCUCACCUCACCUACAUAAGUACCACAAUCUCCACAAAAUCUAAUAGAACGUCUUCCCAGAAGAGUGGAUGAUAUAACAACGAAUAAGGGUUAAAUGUAUUAUGGGAUGUUAAAAAAUACACUCCCAAUUGUAUUAUUUCCCAAUA